CAUUUCAUUUCGAAAUGUGAGCUCAUUUUAUCAUAUGUAUAUGUUUUUGGAAUUGCCAAGCUGUUGUUUGCUCUUUGGUAAACCCCCCGAUCUAUCUCUAUCUUUCCCUGUCACUCAUUCAUUGUAAUUCGGACAAAUAUGUCGCAGCGUAUGUCAAGUAUGAUGGAGGCAUCGAAUAUCGAUCAAAUAAUAUUGCGUAUCAUUGAAGUUCGUCGUCUGAAGCAAUUGAAUCUCACUGAAUCGGAUAUACGUGCUGUGUGUUCGCGUUCGCGUGAAAUAUUUAUGGCCCAACCCAUGCUUCUGGAGCUAUCGGCGCCAGUGAAAAUCUGUGGCGAUAUUCAUGGACAAUUUAUCGAUCUAUUGCGUCUCUUUGACUAUGGUGGCUAUCCGCCAGUCUCGAAUUAUCUAUUCCUUGGCGAUUAUGUCGAUCGUGGUAAGCAAUCGAUUGAGACUAUUUGCUUGCUGUUGGCCUAUAAAAUAAAAUUCCCGGAGAAUUUUUUCCUCCUGCGUGGAAAUCAUGAGAGUGCUGGCAUUAAUCGCAUUUAUGGCUUUUACGAUGAGUGCAAGCGACGUUAUACGAUCAAAUUGUGGCGUACAUUUGUCGAUUGCUAUAACUGCAUGCCAGUGGCUGCCAUUGUGGAUGAGAAGAUCUUCUGUUGUCAUGGUGGACUGAGUCCAGAUCUCUUGAAUAUCAAUCAGAUCAGCCAAUUGCCGCGUCCCUGUGAUGUGCCAGACAAGGGUCUACUCUGUGAUCUUCUAUGGUCCGAUCCGGAUCCCAAAAUAAUGGGCUGGGGCGAUAAUGAUCGUGGUGUUAGUGUCACCUUUGGGGCCGAUAUUGUUGGCAAAUUCGUUCAUCGUCAUAAAUUCGAUUUGAUCUGCCGUGCCCAUCAGGUUGUGGAAGAUGGCUAUGAAUUCUUUGCCAAACGUCAGUUGAUCACCAUAUUUUCUGCACCCAAUUACUGUGGAGAAUUUGAUAAUGCCGGUGCCAUGAUGUCUGUAGAUGAAACCCUUAUGUGCUCUUUCUAUGUCCUCAAGCCAUCCAAAAAGGCUGGCAUGCGUAAAGUGCACACCAAAAGUUAAUAUAAAAUUUAACCCAAACAACAAGCAACAAAAAAAAAAAAGAAAAUAAGAAAGAAAGUCUAAAAUUAAUCUGAAUCCUACCUGGAAUAUAUAGCAAACGGAAAAUUCAAUUCAAUGAGCUCAAUCCAAAAUUUUUGUGUAUUACAUAUUUAGUGGGCGCAUAUUCUUGAAAUCGAAAGCGCAAUUGUAGGUUGCAUUGGAGCAACAAUGAAAAAAUUAUAUGUUUUCCACUUUAUUUUUAUUAAA